AUGGAUCCCGUCUCAAACCUCCCGCGGCCCUCUGGCAUCCCGAGAGCGACUUCGCGGCUGCCAGUGCUCCGUCCGUCAGGGAGCCAGCCGCAGCUGCGGUCGCCCGCGUCGACGAGCCAGCUGCGCAAGAAGCCCUCCGUGCCGGCCACGAAUACCCCCCUCGCUCGGAAACCCAGCCGCGCCUCGCUCGUCCCAUCAUCGGCCAGACGAGUGAGCAGCAUCCCCCGCUCCGGCGCGCCGCCCCCUCGCACGAGCAGCCAGAACGCCCCUGUCGCCAGGAAGCCCUUUGGCCGGCCGGCGUCCCGCCAGAGCAGGACGCCCUCGCAGCCGCUCCGCACACCGAGCAUCAGCAACGAGGACGACGUGCUGGGCAGCCUCGAUGGCUUCCGCUCGGCUUCGCGCGCCUCGUCUCGCGCUGGCUCCCGCGCUGGCUUCCACGAGAGCAGCUCGUCGCCCGAGUACGUGCUAGAGGUGCAGCCGGACGGGCGAGCGAGGGGGCAGUCACGACCCUCGCUCUCGGAAAGGACCAUGGAGAGCCUCGCGCAGCUGCCCUCGUCGCCAGCCAACGGCAAGGGCAACCGGCGAAGGUCGAGCUUCUUCAACCAGGACAACAGCAUGCCUCCGCCACUGCGCCCUGCGUCUGCCACGUCGAACACGAGCAACGCCAGCAGGCCGUCGACCAGCGACGGCACCAGCAAGCGUCUGCCCACGACGCCCAGCAAAGCUAGCGCGCGCUCUUCGCGCAUGUCUAUGACUUUGCCCGGCAAGCGGACCGUCAGCGCUGCUGCAGCGACGCCCACGGGAACACCCAGUCGCAGCAUUUCGUCCAUAUCACGUCCCACGACUGCCAUCAAGAAGCCGGCGUUGGUCCCGACGCAGAAUAUCCAGACGCCGUCUAAGCGCGCGCCCCUGUCGGAGAGCAAGGGCAUAGCAUCUCGCACGCCCACGGCGCGUGCGUCGGUUGCGGGCACACUUGGCCACGCCAUUUCGCCACCAGGGCCCGUCAACGCAACCUCGCCACCUCCACCCUUGCAGACGUCCCCAGCAGGCAGUGCUCGCAAAGCGCCCAGCUCGUCGCUUGCCCUCCGCAACUCGAUCGCCCAAGCCAAGGCCGCACGGAAGCAGGGCGUUGGCGACCCCCCCGACGGGACACCGUCGAAAGCCGAGAGUUCCUCCAACGCCCUCCGCGAGCAGAUUGCAAAGGCUAGAGAAGCUGCAAAGCGCACCAAGGCUGGCCCCACGAGGGCCGACACACCGCCCAAGGAUGCCAUUAUACCGGAUCCUCGGGAGAUUGCUGGCUUCGACUUUGGCCUCGGCGAUCCUUUCAACCAGAACGCAACGGGUGGCCAGUCAGUCCUGCGCAAGCGUGUUGAUGGCGCUCGGACAACUGGCCGCCUCAACAUUGCAGGCAUGCAGUUGACCGAGAUGCCGGACGAGGUGCUUGGAAUGUACGACCCCAACGACACCACGGUGGCUUGGGGCGAGAUUAUGGACGUCGCGACCAUUGUCGCCGCCGACAACGAGCUGGAGACGCUGCCGGAUAGCAUGUUCCCAGACGUCGACCUCAACGACGUUGACGACGAUGAUGCAGGGCCUCAGUUUGGCGGCAUACAGAGUCUCGACCUGCACGGCAAUCUGCUGCGAGAGCUGCCAGUCGGUUUGAGGCGGCUGGCAGAGCUUACGAAGCUGAACCUGUCGCGGAACAGGCUUCCCAUGGAGGUUUUUAACGUCGUCACCCAGAUAGCAUCCUUGCGCGAGCUCAAACUCGCAGAGAACCAUCUCACGGGCGAGCUCUCGUCGAGCAUUGUAAACCUGGCUCGGCUCCAAGUCCUAGACGUUGCGAACAACAAGCUCGUCAGCCUGCCAGCAGAGCUGCGGGAGCUGACGCAGCUGCGGACCGUCAACGUGGCUGGCAACCAGCUGAGCGCCGUACCAAUGGAUUUGUUCACGUCGACCUCCUUGCUUGACUUCAAUGCUACGAAGAACCGUUUGCAAGGCGCCUUCUUCACCGUCCAGUCUGCACCACACCUGCAGGAGCUGCGACUGUCUGGCAACGCGCUGACUUUGCUGGCGGAGUCGAGCGACCUGAGCUUGCCUGCGCUGAAGCAUCUGGACGUUUCAGCAAACAGGCUGUCCUCGCUGCCCGACGUGACGUCUUGGGCGACUCUCGGCACGCUGUUGCUUGGCGACAACAAGAUUACAACCUUUCCCGAGGGCUUCUUCUCACUGAAGCAACUGCGCGUUGCUGACUUUACGGCGAAUGACAUUUCCAGGCUCGACGAGCGCAUUGCGUUGAUGGAGGCGCUGGAGAUCCUGACCCUUGCUGCGAACCCAAUCCGCGAAAGGAAGUUUUUGACGAUGAGCACUGAUGAUGUGAAGCGCGACUUGCAUGCACGGCUUCGGCCUGAAGAGACCGCUACUGGCCCUCAGGACGAGCUUCCGAUCAGGGAACAGGCACCCCAAGUUUCAAAUGACUGGACAGUGACUCCAUCUGGAACACUCCAUCUCACCAGCAAAAGCUUCACCGACUUUGACGACGACGCCCUCAUCGCUCUCGCAGAGACAAACGACAUCCGCCAAGUCAAUCUCCAGCAUAACCUCCUUCAAACGAUGCCCCUCGCACUCGGGCAGAUUGCCUUCCUCACGAUUCUCGACCUGUCCAAGAACAGCAUCUCGAACCCACUCGCAAGUCCACUCGAACUGCCUAAGCUCCGCGAGCUGCGACUUUCGGGUAACAAGCUCAACUCUUUGAUGCCCUUUACCGCGCACCUGACAGCCCCCUCACUUCAAAGUCUCGACAUCAGCCAGAACCGCCUCACAGGCUCGCUCCCCGGCCUCCGCGAUUCGUUCCCAGCCCUCAUCACCCUCAUCGCGAGCGACAACGCCAUCACGGACGUGCCCGCCGACGCCCUCUCCGGGCUCAAAAUCGUCAAUCUGAGCAACAACAACAUCGAGCGCCUCGACCCGUGCAUCGGCCUGCACGCCGGCACCCUCACGAGCCUCAUCGUCGAGGGCAACAAGUUCCGCGUCCCCAGCUACCAGGUCCUGAGCAAAGGCACGGAUGCGAUUCUCGGCUGGCUAAAGGACAAGAUCCCCAGGGACAGCGGAAGGGACAGGGGCGAUAGCGCGGCGAGCAAUGCUACGCGCACGACUGAGGGCGGAAGUGAGUUUUUCGAUGCCGAGGAUGGCGGCGUGGCGUGGUAG